AUGUCCAUCAAGACAAUCAUACUUACCACGGCCUUCGCCGCGCUCUCGGGCCUCGCUCAAGCGGGACCAGGUGCCAUCAUCUAUGCAUGCAUCAACCUACCCACUCCACCAUCGCAGAACUUCACGGUCAACUUCAAAGCCGGUGCUGGUACAGACAGGUGCCUGAAUAACAACGGCACGGAUGCUUCCGUCGUCGUCUCCCGGCAAGGUAUCACCUGCGCGUCAGUAGGCUACGUUGAAGCCAAGACGAGCAGUUGGGGUGAUUGGUGCGCGAGCGCCUCACGCUUCUGGUCGCUCUCUUGGGAAACGGAGGACCAAACACGUUCUGGCUCGACGAACACCGAGUGGUUCAGACGCAAAGACAUUGAGCUUGUGGGAUAUACCCCUGGCACCUACAUCUGCGGCAGGCCCGCUAGUUGCACUCAGCGCACCAUCACUUGGGAUAACCAGGGGCCUCUUUAUAUCAUCUUCAACCCACUCGACUUCACUCUUAAAGCUCGGGACUCCUCUGCCGCAGCCAUGAAUCACCCUGCCGAGGUAAUGGAAGUCAAAGAAACCGAGUCGCAGGUCAUUGCCCGAUCCCCAAGCCGCAUUUAUGGCAAUGUCGCAGAGCGGUACGCGAGGGCCUUCGACGUGUGA